UAGGAUUCUCACCCAAAUGUAUUUUAUGCGGGAAUGUUAAAGAGAAGCAUGGAAAACUUCUUGAAAGAUCUCGAUUUUCGAGUUUGGGGUUUAGUUUUUGGUUAUUAUGAUAAAUCAAUUGCAGUAAAGGCAUCUAAGAUGAAGCCAGAUAAGAAAAAGAGCUUAGUUGAGCUUGACAAUUGGUAUCAGAAUCAGUUACCUAUGAUCAUUAAAGGGAGAAAACCGAAGCAUGUUACCCAGGAGGAACUAUGCAAGCUGAUGAAGUGGAAACUCACGAGAGGAAAGUUUAGACCACGUCUUACAGAAAUGGUAGCUACAAACUCGGAGGAGGAUGUAAAGAAUGCUAGUGUAAAGGCAUUUCAAGCGUUACCAGAUAUAUCUUCAGCAAUCCAGGCUCUUACUGUCCUUAAAGCUGUCGGACCUGCCACAGCGUCAGCUGUGUUAGCAGCAGGUGCUCCAAAACAUGGGGCAUUUAUGGCAGACGAGAGUAUGCAGGCGUUACCAGGGUUACAGGUUAUCAAAUAUGAUCUGCCGUUCUAUAAAGAAUACAUGAAGGAGGUUACAAAGAUUGUAAAACAUCUUAAUAAAGAAGAUCCAGAAAAGUGUUGGGAUCCUCAUAAAGUUGAGCUGACUCUUUGGACAUACCAGAUAGCUAAAGUUCUUGAUACCGAUUUGUACAACAGCAUUUCUGAAGCUAUAGAAUCAAAUAACAAUGACGAUCAUCCUCCAAAGAAAAAAUUAAAAACAUAGCAUGUGUUUCGGUGCACAGUGUUAAUCGUUUAAUACUUUUGGUGCACAUGUUAAUCGUUUAAUACUUUUAUAUGCAAUAUUGGUAUUUUUUUCUGUUUAUGUUAUUUCUGUAAAUUUGUAAAGUAUAUAAAUACAUAAAACAAAUAAAUAUAGCAAAUAAAA